AUGUCUACGCGGUUACUUCAUACGUUGCCUAGUGAAUUAAUUUAUGAAAUUCUUGAUCAUUUGGACGAAGUUACGAUUUUCCUCUCGUGCCGUAAUGUUUGUACGAGACUCAAUACCAUUACGGAUCAUUAUCGACGAUAUCAAAAAUUGACGACAUUGAAUUUAUCUUACCAACGAUUGGAUAGCCGCGGAAUACAACGACUAGUCGCUGCAUUGCCACAAAAUAAAACUCUUCUCUCACUUUUUUUACAAGGUAAUCGAAUAGAUUCACAAGGCAUACGAGAUAUUAUUAAUACUCUCAUACAAAACACAACAUUGACUACAUUGAAUCUUGAAAGCAAUGGGAUUGGUCAUGAAGAAGCGAAGUAUCUAGUCAACUUUUUGCAACGAAAUAGGGCACUUACAACACUCUAUCUGAGUAAUAAUAAACUCAACGAUGAAGGCACGCAGCAUCUUGCCCAUGCUUUAGUACAAAAUCAGACACUGACAACAAUGGACUUGCAAGGAAAUCAGAUUAGUGAUGUUGGAAUUCGGUAUUUAGCAGAUGCCUUGCACAACAAUAAAACACUCGUUCGAUUAUAUCUUCAAAACAAUCGAAUCGGUCAUUUAGGAGGACAGUAUCUGGCUGAUGCUAUGAAAACAAACAGAACACUGACGGUAAUUCAUCUGAGCCAUAACAAACUUGGACAACAGGGAAUACAAUACUUUGCACGAGCUUUACAACACAAUGAAACAAUUGUUACACUUGAUCUUCAACAUAAUCAGAUUGGCGAUCAAGGUAUACUGCACUUAGCAAAAGCUAUAGAAGGAAAUAAAACACUCAAUGCAAUUUAUUUACAAAAUAAUCAAAUCGGUCAUGCAGGAGCACAGUAUCUCGCCGAUGCUCUUCGAGCGAAUAAAACACUUACCAUCUUAGGACUCCAAAACAAUCAAAUCGGCGAUUCCGGAGCAGAUUAUUUAGCCGAUGCCUUAAAACGGAAUAAAACACUCAUUGCACUAUAUUUAUGUAAUAACAACAUCUCCAUUCGCGGAGAGCACUAUCUAUUAUAUGGUCUUCAGAAGAAUACUACACUGACUAUAUUGGACAUGCGAAACAAUCAUGUCACCAAUGAUAUACAACAACUCAUGAAAACAAUUCUCGAAAGAAACAUGCAUUAA